AUGCCACAGCUAUCAACUGAUGAAGUAGAACAUGUCCUUGUCACCCAUGAUGAGUCAACUUUCUAUUCAAAUGAUGGAAAAGAAGCUAUGUGGCUAGUGGAAGGUGAAAAUCCAAUUCGAAAAAAGAGUCCUGGCAUGUCACUUAUGAUUAGUGAAUUCAAAUGUAUAUCUCAUGGUACAAUUUGGGAGGUAUUCCAUCCUGGAGCCAAUAGAGAUGGGUAUUGGACUAGUUCUCAUAUGUUGAAGCAAUUGGAGAGUAACGCAAUUCCUCUAUUCGAAAUAAUUCACCCUGGAUGUAAGGUCGCCUUUGUAUUUGAUCAAAGUACAAACCACAAGGCAUACAGUCAAAAUGCUUUAAUAGCAAACAAAAUAACCUUAGGUGACAAAGAGGUUGAAGAAGAUAAUCUUUGUACAUUGAAGGAUACUACUUUUGUUUGGGAUGGUGAAGAACAAAUACAGUCUAUGUACUACAAGAAGGAUGAGUGGUUCACAAAGAAGAGCGGGCAGUGGGUGACAAAGAAGGUGAAAUACGUGAAGGGUAUCUGUACAAUCCUAGAGAAGCGUGACGCUUCUGAAGAUAGCAAGUGCUGUGCACAUCAUUUUCUGACUUCUCAGCCAGAUUUUAUAUCACAGAAAACUGCACUUCAUGAGGCUGUUGAAGUAUCUGACCACAUCUUUGGGUUAUACCUUAAAUUUCAUUGCAAAUGCAAUUGGAUCGAGAGGUACUGGGGCACUGCCAAACGUGAAGCUUGGCUUCAGUGUGAUUAUACAUAUAAGUCCCUGGAUAAAAAAAUAUUCAUUCUUUUCUUGAUCAUGCUGGAAAGCUUCAAAACAUCCAAAGAUACUACAACUGCUUGUGGCGCUAUAUUGAGGCAUACAGCCAAGACAUGA